AGUGCCGCCAUGGCUAUGUUGUUGGACAACUUGGACGAACUGCCCGCCGCCUGCUUGUCGCCAUGCGGGCCUCCCAACCCGGCCGAGCUGUACAGCGAGGCUCAGCGCCUGGCGCUGGAGGAGCUGGUGGCGGGAGGCCCCGACGCCUUCGCUGCUUUCCUGCGUCGGGAGUACCUGGGCCAGUUCCUGAACCCGGACGAGGUGCAAGCCAUCCUGCGCUCUGCCGAGCGGCCGGGAGAGCAGGGCGCGGCGGCGGGGGCCGAGGAUUCCUUCGGCUCGUCUCACGACUGCUCGUCCGGCACCUACUUCCCCGAGCAGUCGGACCUGGAGCCGCCGCUGCUGGAGCUCGGCUGGCCCACCUUCUACCAGGGCGCCUACCGCGGCGCCACGCGAGUCGAGGCGCACUUCCAGCCCCGCGGCGUCGGCGCCGGCGGCCCGUAUGGCUGCAAGGACGCCCUGCGACAGCAGCUCCGCUCGGCGCGAGAGGUGAUUGCAGUGGUAAUGGAUGUUUUCACAGACAUCGACAUCUUCAGAGACCUCCAGGAAAUAUGUAGGAAGCAGCGGGUUGCUGUGUACAUCCUUCUGGACCAGGCUUUGCUCUCUCAAUUUUUAGAUAUGUGCAUGAAUCUGAAAGUUCAACCUGAACAGGAAAAGCUGAUGACAGUUCGGACUAUUACAGGAAAUAUCUACUAUGCAAGAUCAGGAACAAAAAUUGUUGGGAAGGUUCAUGAAAAGUUCACACUGAUUGAUGGCAUUCGAGUGGCAACAGGCUCUUAUAGGACGGAUGGCAAAUUAAAUAGCAGUAACUUGGUAAUUCUGUCCGGCCAAGUGGUUGAACACUUUGAUUUGGAGUUUGAAUCCUAUAAUGCACAAUCAAAGCCCAUCAGCUCCAAACUUCUGUCCAACUUCCGGAUCAGCGGCAAGUUUGACCAUCUGAUUGACCGAAAACCACCAUCCAGGGACCUCACGUUGGGCAACCUGUUGAGGAUGGCGGCUGGCCAGACUCUCAAGUACCCCUAAGACAGAACUGACCUAGAGUCAGAGGUGGGAACAGAGGACAAGGCAGAGACCAAGCUCGAUGACCCCGAAACCUCCACAAUCAGUGAGGAAGACUGUGUACAUGGUCAUGAGGACAAGCUGGAGGGCCCCAAAGGCAACUGAUGUUGCCACUCAAGACAGAACCAGGAGACGAGAUGGCUGUCAGUGAGUGUAAGUGAAGUGGGAACACAAACCAGCCCUUCCACAGUGUGCACUGGAACCCAAGCCACAGUUGCCACCAGUGUCGCAAGCUCUCAAACUGUGAUUUGGUCGAAGUCGACCACCACUCAGACUGAUGUGGAAGAGAAUAUUCUCUUUUCUCAGGGAGCCCAGUCUAAAGAAGGGUCACCAGUGUCAAAAAUGUCUCUGUCGAGAUCUUCCAGUGUGAAGUCCUCCUCUUCUUUGUCUUCCCAAAGCUCUGUGGCAAGCUCCAUUGGCUCUCAGACUUCCAUCCGAACCACUGACUUCCCCAAUCCGGGGUAUUCAAAGUACCUGAGCACCCCCCACUUAGAUCUGUGCUUAAGAGACUCCUUUCGAAACUUGAAUAAAGAGAGGCAGCUUCACUUUACUGGUAUCAGGUCCCGGCUCAACCACAUGCUGGCCAUGCUCUCAAGGAGAGCAUUCUUCACUGAAAACUACCCUGGCUUUAAUUCUGGAAAUUUCACCAGAGCAUCAGUUAAUUUGCUUACUAUUAGAAAUAUCACACUUCAUCCUUUCAAUCAGUGAUUACUCUGGGAUCAGAGACUACUGGUUUCAGCAUGGCUUGCAGUAGACAUUGUCAAAAGCUUUCCUUUACAAAUGUCCCUAAUUGCCUUCUUUUCAUCUCUAAAGUCACCCUGGCUUUCUUUGACUUCUAUAAAGAUGGCACAUUAUUUUACAUGCUGUUUCUUCUUCUUUUUUGUCAUGCAUAAACCAGGUGUUGGUUUUAUUGUUUAAACACUAUGGGUGCAGUUUUUUGCACAAUUGUAAACAUUGCUAUCUCAUAAAGAGAAUGUUCGGAUGGUUUUAAAGGUUAAUUUAGAUGGGAAGAAAAUAGGUUUGCAUUUUUUUGAUCUGUGUGUUCUUCUGUUUUAGAGGUUUGAAUCACCAGUCUUUUUAUGACCAAAAUCCUAUUUAGUAAAACAAUUGUUUCUUAAUUGUUUGUGACUUUAGAAUAUCUGUGUUCU